CAGUGCACUUCCUGUAGGGCUGUAACCUUGGAAACGGACAACUUCCUGUGGCUCAGUUUUGUGAAGAUGGCGGAGGAGAAGGCUCAAACGAAUCCACAGCUCCCAGUGGGAACAGAAAUUAAGAAGACUCGUCCCAAAAAAGCACCAGAGCUUCCCAUCCUGGAAAGGAGGAACUGGCUCAUCCAUCUCCACUAUAUCCGAAAGGACUAUGAAACCUGCAAGGCUAUAAUUAAAGAACAAUUGCAGGAGACACAGGGAAUGUGUGAAUAUGCAAUAUAUGUACAAGCUUUAAUACUCCGUCUUGAGGGAAAGAUUCAGCAAUCCCUGGAGCUUUUUCAGAGCUGUGCUAUUCUCAAUCCCAGAAGUGCAGACAACCUGAAACAAGUUGCUAGAUCUCUUUUUCUACUUGGAAAACAUAAGGCAGCAAUUGAAGUUUACAAUGAAGCUGCAAAACUCAAUCAGAAGGACUGGGAGAUCAGCCAUAACCUUGGUGUGUGCUACAUGUAUCUGAAAGACUUCAAAAAUGCUCAGGAGCAGUUAAACACUGCUUUGCAGCUAAACAAGCAUGACUUGACUUUUGUGAUGCUGGCAAAGAUCCAUUUGUUGGAAGGAGACAUUGAAAAGGCUGUUGAAGUCUACAAAAAAGCUGUUGAGUUCUCGCCUGAGAACACCGAACUUUUGACAACACUUGGACUACUCUAUCUGCAGCUUGGAGCCUAUCAAAAAGCAUUUGAACAUCUUGGGAAUGCUCUAACAUAUAACCCCAAUAACUACAAGGCCAUCCUAGCAGCUGGGAGCAUGAUGCAGACCCAUGGUGAUUUUGAUGUGGCCAUGACCAAGUACCGUGUAGCUGCCUGUGCUGUACCUGAGAGCCCACCACUCUGGAACAAUAUAGGAAUGUGCUUCUUUGGCAAAAAGAAGUAUGUAGCGGCUAUCAGUUGUUUAAAGAGAGCUAACUACCUGGCUCCUUUUGACUGGAAGAUCCUGUAUAACCUGGGGCUGGUGCAUCUUACUAUGCAGCAGUAUGCCUCUGCUUUUCACUUCCUCAGUGCUGCCAUCAAUCUGCAGCCAAAGAUGGGAGAGCUGUACAUGCUGCUAGCAGUGGCCCUUACUAAUUUGGAAGAUGUAGAAAAUGCCAAGAGAUCAUAUGAGCAAGCUGUUUCUUUGGACCAUAUAGAAAUGGCUCAGAAGAUGGGAGCAGCGCUGCAGGUCGGAGAGAGCCUGGUGUGGACAAAGCCAGCCAAAGACACGAAAUCCAAGCAGCAUGCUGCUGCUCCCAGCAAGCCAGCCUGCUCCCAGCAGCCUCUGGGCUCCAAUCAGGCAUUAGGCCAGGCUAUGUCCUCAGCCGCGGGAUACAGCAAGUCCAUCCAGCUUUCAGCAGGUAGUGCAGCCCCAAGCCUGCAGAAGCCACCAUCUCUGCCCCUGGAGCCAGAGCCCACUGCUGAGGCAUCAGCCCAGGAGCCGACUUCCCCAUCUGAGCCGAAGGACAAGAAGACCAAGGCCAGGCUGGUGGCCGAAUAGUACAAGGUGGCACCGUCAGAAGCCCCCAGUUCUGUUAAUUUAUGAUUACUUCUGUGUAUUUAAUCUGAGUUCAUGACAAGGUUAUUAACAUAAUCUUGCAGUAAGUUUAAUUCCCUGCUUUUUCAGCAUUUUCUUGUUUUUAUAUAAAGUAACAAGCUUAUUUUCAUUCCAGAUAUUGAAGAGUAUGUACUGUUGGUUACUUCUUCCAAAAAUGAUAUUAAUGAUAGGAAAGAAUUAGAAAAACUGCAUUGAAUACAAUUUUACAAGCUUCUGUUCCUACACACACAGUGUAGCAAGAAAAACCCAGGUAACUUAUCUUGGCAGAGGCAGAGCAUGUAGGACCAAUUUGAAUGAAGGUUUCACCAAGCAGCCAAUGGGCGUGAAAAGUGUUGCUGUGACAUACUUUCAGUUAAUUUAAUGCAGCACUUCCCAAGAUAAAGGCAGUGUGAAUAUCCAUAAAGAGAGAUGUGGUUGUUUAUGCAGGAAUCCCAUUCACAUUAUUUGAAUUGUAGCGUCACAAAAGAUAUAAAUGCCAAGUUUGGAGUAAUUAUGAAAAUGUUUGGCCAAGCAGAUUUUGACCAUGGACAGAAGCACUUGCAUUUUAAUGAGUUUCAAUCAUGCUUGGGUACUCGCGUGAUCCGACUGACUCAGUUUUGGAAUACAACUGCCGCGCGACGCAUUUGUGUCAACAAGUGAACAAAACGCUGGUCAAGCAAUCAUCCAGGGUUUUACAGGAACCUGUUUCACUCUGCAGUAAUUGCAUUUUACGUUUUAGCAAGCACGUGAUGAUCCAGUAUGGGCAUGAAAAGUUUUGUCUGCAACCUGUGUGGCGCACACCUGUAGUAGGUUUGAGCAUGGUGAAACCUGCCAGGUUUAAGGUCAAUCAGUGCAGUGGUUCCUAAGAUAAUGGUUGUUUGAGUUUUGGUGGCAGUUGGUUGGUCAUUGUGGUGCAUGUAGGAAACCCAUUUCACCAUGUGUUAACUAUAUUAUCACUAGAAUGAUACUGACCACGUUUGGAGUUAAUUGAUUAAGCAGUUUAAGAACUGGGUACACUUCGCCUUACAGGCCAGGUGUCUCUAAGCAGUUGAAGGUGUGGGCAGUGUAAUUAUCAUUGCAAGCUGCGCGCCGCCCAUCAGAAACAGGUUUUGUUGUUGAUGAAAUCUGAAGUCAUGGCAAGCUUGAUCUGUGAGGAUAAAAUGGCAGAAUGCAGCCAUGUGGGCCUAUGCAAGAACAUCAGUUUGUGAGAAGUUAGAAUACGUGACAUUGUCAGACGUAGGUAGAUUGCUGAGUAGAACUCCCUCACGCUUGGAGUUAAUUGUCCACACAGUUUUUAAAAAGUAGGAGGAAGUACAAUAGAUCGCCUACUGAACACCAAGGUUAAAAAAAACCAGGCAGCCAUCUUCCAGGAACUCCAUCUUCACAUGUUCAUCCAGCUGCUGCCAGAAGCAUAUUUGACCAAACAGGUUUUGAGCAGGAUUCAUCUGUAUGACGGGCUACAUUUCUGAAAACGGGUUAUCGCGGGUGCAAAACAAAAUCACCCUAGUCCUCAGUUGCUUAAAAAGGUUUUGGCUUUUGAAGGAACUUGCCAACUUUAGAUUCAAUAAUUCAAAAUUUUUUUUGAAGUGGUGGAUUAAUCUCAAAUGCAAUGUCUUUUCUGCCCCAGUAUGCUUGCCUGGUAUGAAGUUGCUUGGCAAGUUUGAACCCCUGCAGUUUCAAAAGUGGGAACAAAAAAUGAUACCAAUCCUUGCAGUCCCUAUAGGUAUCCACUACUUGGGAGCUUAAAAUUGUUAAUAGCAGGAGAGCUUAAAAAAGAGUUUAUGGCGCACACAAAAAUUAGUUAACCGAUUCCUUGACACGUUCCCCUCUAAGGAAAAUGAUUUUUUUUAUAACUGCUGAGCUCUUUAAAUAGUUUACACAUUUCCUAAAUGAGUAAUAUUUCAUAUAUCUUUAAAACAACAUGUAUGAAUUUUGUACACAAUUAUUUUAUCAUAUGAAUGUAGCUGUGCUUCACUAAUGUACUAACAAUAAUGUUUUCUCCAGGGAAAGUCUGCCCAUGCCAUCUUAAAUAUUCGUACAUACAUAAUGUAUAUAGAUAAAAUAAAUAAUAUGAGCUCUAUAUUGUGCUUUGUCUUUGGCAAAUAGCACAGGGAAUGAAUGUAUCUAAUACUUUGAUUUGGCUGUGCACAGAUAGUGAAAAUUGCUUGUUGGAUUUAUCUUAUCCUGUAUAAAGUAUGUUUUACAAAACACUAACAUAUAUUUUUAGUAUGUUAAUUGUCUUUGCACUGAUGUUCAAUUUUUCACUGAGCUUCACAUUACAGUGUUUCUAAAGUCCUGUUACCAUCUGGUGAUGUUUCAAGAGGUACUGUAGACUAACACCAGACUACAGGGCUGCUGAUGACGUCGUCUCAGUGAUGCAUUUCUCUCAGUUUCUCCAUCAUUAUAGAACAUGCUACAUUGUAAAUGGCUACAGAUAUUUUCCGCUAUAAAAUGAUGGCACUCUGAUCCUGUAAUUCCUGUUGUGUAAAACAAAGUCUAUGAAGUGCACUUCUGAAAAAGAAAUGAGGGUAUCAGGACUUUAUGGUAACCUUAUUUAAACAGUGGUACUUAACAUUCUAUUAGAUACAAAUAAAGAUGUUUGCUUAUU